AUGGAUGAUAUUUGGAGUGUGGAGGCUUGGGAUGAGAUAAGAGCUAUACUUCCCGAUGAUGGUAAUGGAAGUCGAGUCAUUUUAACCACGAGACUAACCGAUGUUGCUGCUUAUCCUGACCCUCGUAGCCCUCUUCAUGAGAUGCGUUUAAUGGAUGAAAUUCAAAGUUGUCAUCUGCUCCGGAAGAAGGUGUUUGGUCCCCAAGAUUGUCCUUUGGAACUGGAGAGAAUUGUGGAAGAGAUUGCAAGGAACUGUAGAGGACUGCCUCUUGCAGUUGUGGUUGUUGCAGGAAUGCUAUCCACAGUUGGAGAAAAUCCAGCUUCGUGGAAGGCUAUUGCUGAAGACGUAAGAUCAGCUGUUACUUCAAAGGGACAGUUUGAGAGUAUAUUGUCUCUGAGUUACACUCACUUGCCUCAUUAUCUGAGGCCAUGUUUCUUGUACAUGGGAAUGUUUCCCCAAGAUCAUGAGAUCUGUGCCUCAAAACUCAUACUAUUAUGGGUAGCUGAGAACUUUGUGAGACAUCCCGAUGGAUCCAAAAGCUUAGAAGAAGAGGCAAAAGAGUGUCUGAAGGAUCUCGUGAGACGAAAUCUUGUUUUUGUUAACAAGAGGAAGUUUGAUGGCGAGAUCAAAAGUUGCAGCCUCCAUGAUCUAAUGCGAGAUUUGUGUGUAAGAAAAGCGCAUGAAGGGAAGUUCUUUUUGGAUUUUGGGGGCUGGCAUGAUAGGAGGUAUUUUCCUCUUGCAAUCAGAGAAAAUCAGCGUCGUGUAAGUGUUUCUCCUUCGGGUUUACCAUACCUUUCUAAAAUAGAUAGCUUAACCAUCCAUACAAUUAUGUGCUUCCAUGUAAAAUCUGUAGCAAAUAUGUUGGAAAGAUUUGGAUUGCUGAGGGUAUUGGACGUAGGGGAUGUUUAUGUGAGAUCACUGCCAUAUGAACUAUUUGACCUGUUAAACCUAGUAUACCUUUCUAUAUACUAUCAUGGAAGGAUACCUGCAGCCAUUUCUAAGCUUCAUAAUCUUUAAACUUUAACACUUCAUUCAAUGAAUGCAUGGAGACGUUUCAAAGCUCGUUGGAUCAAUUUGCCACACGAAAUCUGGACCUUGCCUCAAUUAAGACAUCUUGUCUUCUAUGGACGGUUACCUGAUCCAGAAGAAAGAAUAACUUCUAGUCUAGAAAACCUCCAAACACUUUCUUUAGUUUCACAUGCCAUGUGUAGUGAAAGGAUUUUGAGAAUGAUCCCAAAUCUAAAGAAAUUGGAAAUCGAUUGUUCUGAUUGUCGUCCGAGCCAAAGUUUCCUGAACAAUCUGGUACUUCUGCAUCAACUCGAAGAUUUGAAACUUCGUUCAUCUUCGAGUGAUGAAAUUUUCCACAGGGACAUGUUCACUUUUCCGAGGACGCUGAAAAAGCUGACUUUAAGUCGCGUGCCUCUUCCUUGGGAGGAGCUGACUGUUGUUGGUUCGUUGCCAAAUCUUCGGGUGCUCAAACUAACCUACUGGGCUUGCAAAGCAGACACGUGGGAAACAACUGAAGGAGAGUUCCCUCAGCUGGAAUUUCUGUUGAUAGAACAGUCUGGUCUCAAGUAUUGGAUAACUGAAAGUAGCCAUUUCCCAAUGCUCAAGUGUCUAGUGCUCGAUGACUGUUGGGAUCUCUCUGAAGUUCCCGAAGGCAUUGGAGAAAUUCCAACACUUGAACUGAUUGAGGUGAAGGGAAUAGUGAGAGAGUCGCUCAUGGAGUUGGCCAAGAAGAUUCAGGAGGAGCAUAAAGAAUGGGGAAACGAUGCCUUUCAAGUUCGUUGCAUGUAUCGUCAAUGAUAUGCUCUUCCCAGGUGUUAGAGAAAAUGGCAGAAAGAGAAGUCAAGGCCCCAAGUGCGCAGUGGUGUUCCAUGAAUUACUACUAAGAACAGGGGAAUGAUAUGAGUUUGGUCCUAGGCCAGG